CUCCCCUUCAACAACCCUUAAAAGUCUGUCAGCAAUAGUUCAAAACAAGGCACCGUGGCUUCGCAACAAAAAGCUGAGGUUAUGUGGGCACGGUCUAAGAAAAAGCACCCCAGCUGCACGGGGUUUUUAGAUCUUCCACGUGAGCUGAGGGACAUUAUAUAUGAAAAUGCGCUCUGCGUUUCCGGUGCGAUAUUCAUUUAUUCCUCGGAUCCUGACAAUAUCCGCCACUGUGUAAGAGCAAAAGUCGUUCGUGAGAAAACCAAAGGACCACAGGAACCACAAUCAAUAGGCAGCACCAUCUCCAUAGCUCUCAUGAGAACGUGUCGGCAAUUGCAUGUAGAGAGCAGUGAGAUUCUCUAUGGAAGAAACCUCUUCCGCAUGUACAUGGUCAAUGUCGGCUUCGGUCCUGUUUAUCUUCCCUUUGUGCGGCAUAUUACUUUCACAACAGAUGCCGACCAUAGGAUAUAUGGAGAUGACCUGGAUACUGUCAGUUAUUGGUGGAGGAGACGGUUCUGGCCUAACAUCGUCGACAAAAGUCAAAGACUGCUUGAAAGGUACCCCAAGCUGGAGACUCUCAACUUUCCUAUCAACUCAAAUCAGUUCGGCCGCACCUGGAGACCUGCAUUCCUUGCAUCAGAGCUAAAGACAAGAGAACAGCGCGUUUCCCUUGCCGCUACAUGGAUGAGAUCUCACUCCCCUUUUGAGAGUGAUCGACUUCAGAAGUGUUUGCAUCUCGAGAUUGUGCCUUCUGGAUUAGACACGCCGAAGGCUAGUACUGGAGAGGAGUCAAUUGAGAGCCGUGUCGCUCGCAUCAAAGCCCGGGUUGCUGAGUUAACGGGUAAUUUUCUACCAGAAGAGGAUUGGGAUUGCACAGAGUUUGCGGAGGCUUUCGAGAGAAUGAAACUAUUGUAGAUGGUUGAGAAAAGAGGAGAAAGAGGAGGACGCAGUCGAUGCACCACUCCACUUUCAAAUGCGUCCGUGCGUCGAUCAGGCUCCACUCGCACCCCGAUUAUCAGUCACCCUUGAGUCUUCACUUCACUUCACUACACUUCACUUUGACCCAAAGCCCCAGUCUUUUCAGGAAGCCUCUUGAGACAGUUUCCAACCCCGGUACCUCAUCUCUAACCACCAGCUACGCUUACAACCAUGUCGUCCGAGCUUUCUUUGGAGUCUAUUCUAAACGCCAUCAACGCUAUAAAAGCUUGAGGUUACCACCUUAGCGCCAAGUCUUCUUUCUGCAGAAGAUAUAAUUGCUCGUCUAGAGGCUGUUACAUACACGCCUUCUGCAACGCCGUCUAUCCCAGAAACGGCUUAUCCAGCAUCGUCCGAGUUUAGCGACCCUGCCUUUCGCGAACCAUUA